AUUGGAGCCAGUGAAAUUGAACUUGCAAUAGCAGCGCCACCACGUGACGGCCAGGCAAAUGAAACGCUUAUCAAUGCAAUUACGGAAAUCGUUGGACUUAAAAGAAAUGAAAUCACGCUUGACACUGUUCGUUAACUUUUCUGAUUACUAA